CCUUCGGGCUGAGGCGGGCUUGCCCGUCCUUGGCAAGGCUGAUACCGUGUGCGGGAUGGAGAGGAGGGCCCAUCCCAGAGCUGAAAGCGGAUAAGCAAGCGGCGCAGAGCGCUGAAAUAUUUGGAGGGUGGCGGGAAGGACUCGGAUCCCCCUUUUCCUCGCGUGGUAGUGGCAUUUCGGGACUGGGCACAAUUUCGCGAGGGCACGGCAGGGCUGCGUGAGAACGCGAGCCGAUAGCAGAGGGAGCCGCUGCCCGGGAUCGGCUUUCUCUCCCAGGAUAGAAGCCGCGCGCUCCCAUUUCCUGGCCUCAUCUCUUCCGCGAGGACAUCCGAUAAUCCCCGCAUGACGUGGUCGGCAAUAGUCCGUCUGGCCGAGCUAGAGCCCCGGGGUAGUUGAUUGCCUGGCGGGAGACUGUUCUUUAAGUGCUGGGGGUUCUGCUGCAAAAGACUGCCUCGCCCACGCCUUUAAUACCAUUAAAGAGAACCUGUAGCUGUUAAAGUCCGGGAAUGAACCUUAAUGGGUCCAAGUUCCUAUGUUGUUAUUCUACCCUGACGUCUUCCGGGUAAAUUGGACUUCAACUCCCAUAAUCCCACAGCCAGCACAAUUUAUGCCGGCUGGUAGAGAACCAUGCAAAACAAUUUGCAUUUGGAGAACAUCGGAUUGGGUGGUUAUUUCAUCCAGAGACACAGGAGCCACUUGAAUAAAGAACACAACUCUAUGCUCUUGCAGCCCCAAAUAAUUUUUGGAGUAGUCUGUCCCCUUAAACAUGGCUCCUCACCAUGACAGUGUACUUGUGCAACAUAAUUUAACAUUUGACACCUCAGGCCACUUUAAAAAUAAGUUUGUGGUUUACACUCCCAAAUAAACUUGAGCCAAGUUGAAACAACUGAGAAGUAUCUUCUACAGUGGGGCACAAGUCAUUUCAAGCAGUUUAGUUACAUCUCAUUGAGUCCUGGUGCUUCCAUGGGCAAAUGAUUACUGUCUUGACCUGUCCAGAUUCAUGCCACUAAUCUCUUUAUUUGUUGAAUUAUACCCUGCCUUUCCUACAGGAACACAAAGCAGCAUACAUAGCAUUCCUCCAAUUCAUCCCACAACAUCCUUUAGAGGCAGGUUGGGCUGAGAGAGAGUGACUGUCCCAAAGCCCCCUAGUAAGGUUCUGCGCUUUCCUCAGGGUGGGCUUCACCAUUACACCACAUUCCACCCACUUUAUUCACUGUCUUCCUCUUCUGUUUCUACAACUUUGGGGCCAUGCCUCCCUCUGUCCUCCUUGAAAUGCUCCAGCAGUUUUUCCAGCCAAAAAUUUUGGUGCUUUCAGGUGCCAUGUCCAGUUGGUGUUGUGUUGAAAGCACUGGACUGGAAACAGGGAGAGUCUGGUUCUAGUCCUCCCUCAGGCAUGGAAUCCAGGCAACAAGAUGGCUGUACGAAAUGUGCUGGUGACAGGCUGCUCCUCUGGCAUUGGGCUGGCCCUGGCAGUGCGUCUGGCAAGAGAUGAGCUGAAGCGAUUUCGAGUUUUUGCCACCAUGAGAAAUUUGGAGAAAAGUGAAGCCCUGAAGAAGCAAGCGGGGCCUGCACUGGAGAAUAUGCUUGAAAUCAAAGAACUGGAUGUGACCAGUGAGGACUCCAUUCGGCGCUGCGUGGACAGCAUCCCCCAACGCAGGGUGGAUGUGCUGGUGAACAAUGCAGGAUUUGGCAUUAUUGGUCCAGUGGAAAGCCAGAGCAUGGCCUCAAUCCAGCGCCUCUUCGACACCAACUUCUUUGGCUUGGUGCGCCUUGUCCAGGAAAUAUUCCCUGACAUGAAGCAGCGAAAGAGGGGGCAGAUCGUUGUGAUGAGCAGCGUCCUAGGCUUACAAGGUCUCCUCUUCAAUGACAUCUACUCUGCCUCCAAAUUUGCUGUGGAGGGUUUCUGCGAGAGCUUGGCCCUGCAGGCCUUAAAAUUUGGGAUCAAAAUCAGUUUGAUUGAGCCAGGACCAGUGACAACAGAGUUUGAGAGGAAGCUCUAUGAAGAGGCAGCGAGCAUGGAUCUCUCUGGCGUGGAUAAAGAGACACUGGAUAUAUUCCACAACUUCUAUCUCUCAUACUCCAAGGAAGUCUUCGCUGCACUGGGGCAGUCUCCAGAAGAGGUGGCUGAGCAUGUUAUGAAAGUGAUCACUUCUGAGAACCCUGCAUUGCGAUAUCAGACCAACAGCUUCUACACACCCAUCACCACUCUCAAGCAUGCCGAUCCCAGUGGGAACCUGCCUCUCAACACCUUCCACCAGAUGAUCUUCCAACAUGAUCGGCUCUUCAAAGCCAGUCUCAGCCUCCUCAAAAUGCUCCAGUGGAGGAAGAGGAGAGAUAUGGACUAGAUCAAAUCCCCAUGAAAAGAAGAUGCUACCUAUCUCAGAGGCUCUUAUUUCCUAGUGGGUUUCUGGACAAGAGUCUUUCCAUUGGCUACAGGAUCACAUUUAUAACCUACAUGCAGAGGGUUUUCCUGUAGUGCAAAAUGAGGUGGCCCUGGCCAGAGACAGUGUAUUUUGGGGGUCUGAUGUUGCCUUCUCAGGGCAGUAAGGAUCUAGAAUGAGAUUAUAAUAUUUUGGUCUGCAGGUUGCAAGGAGGAGUGUCAUAUUUUUAAUGUUCCUUAUGUAACAUCUUUGCAUAAUACAUUUUCAAUAAGCUAUGAUACCUAAAUCAAACAUGUCGCCUUGUAUCUGCAGUCCAAAGUGGUAUGAUCCAAAAUAGAUCCCAUCAAUCUAGUACAGUACAGCAUUUUCCAAUCUUGGCAACUUCCAGAUGUGUGGGCUUUAGUUUCCAGAAUUCUCAACAAUGGUUAACCUGGCUGAGGAAUUCUGAAAGUUGAACAUACCUAGCUUGGGAAAUAUAGAGUUAGCACCUCAUUCUGUAUAUUGUAUACAAUACCUUUCUGUUUUUUUCCUAAAAAAAAAAUGUACUGGGGGUCUGGGCUCCUACCUAAAUCCAUUCCCUACUGAACAUGUCUUUCCAGUUCUUGACUAUAUUAGGCCAUCUCUGAAAUUAGUUCUGAGGAUGAAAGAUGUACCUAAAGCAAUUCUUAAGGCUAAAAAAAGAGAUUGAGCACAUAUUUUAAAGUGCUUUUUUCUGAAAAAAGGAAAAAAAUUUGACUAGAGGAACCAAUUACUGUAAACAAGGGAAGAAGAAAAAUAUAAAAGGGCACAAAGCAAAGGAAAAGAAGAUUAGGAGGAAAUAUGGAAACAAAAAUGUCGUUAGUGGAGACUGCUUGUUUUCAGGUUUUCAUUGGGAAAAAAUUAACUACCCUAGUUUUCUUUUCUGUGUCUUCCUCAAAUAAAACUCCCAGGUCCCAAGACCUUUUUAUUUGGGGUGGAAGACUUGUGAUCGGAGUUGGAUCAGUUAGAUAAUCUGCAUUAUUGUCAUCCAAAAGUAUGUACAUGAUACAGGUGAGGAGAAUCUUUUUUAUAUAGCAGAUCCAAAAGGACUUGCACUGAAUGGGCAUUGACAGAUUGUGAGGCAUAAUCCUCUGCAUCUUUAUUCAGAAGUAAGUCUUAUUCAGUUCAGUGGACUUCCUUCCUGGUGUGCAUUGGGUUGCUUCCUUAGCCUUGCACUUUUCACCAUUCAAUAAUCUGUGAAAUAAAAAAUUACAUAUAGGAAAUGGCUGCUUUAAUAUGGAUCUUGAGUCUUCUUAAUGCAUCAGUAAUGGUAAUCCAUUGAUCUUCCAAUGCCAUAUUUUCCAUAAUGACUUCCAGCUCAAAACAAUUCAUUAUCUAAAUACACUAAUGGACCAAUAUCCAUCAUAAGUAAUAAAAUUAGAAUAUCUUAUUAAGAACAUUGAUUGUUCAAUAAUUAAGUGUUUAUGUAAAGGAUAAGUUUAAUAAACAGCACAGAACAUUUCAAUGUAUUAAUUUUAUACCCACAUUAUGCAAUCCAUACUGAGACAUCCAAUACUUGGCCCGAAUCAAGCUUGCAAGAAAAAAGAUACAGCUCACCCAGUAGAAUUAUCCUUAACAAUCACAUGCAACAAAACUAGACAAAGUAUAUGAUAUCCCUAUACCUCAAACAGAGCUGAAAGAAGUCUGACUUUUUGCCAUGUGAGGCUGUCUUCUGGGGAUCCCAAUGCUGGCAUAAAUCAAUCCAAAACGCUGAACACCAGCACAGGUAGGAGGCUGGGUGGCUGCAUGCCAACACUUCCCCUAUUAAUUUGCUCCCAGCGCCGCAGAGCCUUGACAUAGCCUUACACUAAAGGCCCUCAUGGUCUUUGUAUCCUAAGCUCUGUUUGCCCUACUUCCUAUAACAGAAAAAAAUCCUCACCAAAGUCUCGUUAUGAGCCUGAAAUAGAUAGCCUUCAACAACACAGCAACUCCUUACUGGGUUUUCUCAAUGAGUUAAAUGAGAUUAGUUACCUAAUAAGAUUUGUAUAUAGCUAAGCUAGUGGUUCUGAAGCAAAACAGUAUCUGCAUUAUUGUUUUGGGAUGAGAUGUGCCUUAGAAGGUAUCACCUUUGCUGAGGCACACCCUAUCGUUUCUCAUAUCCAUCCGUUUUCAUUACCACUUUUGAUUAAAAAGCAAUGCUUUAUCUGCAUUAUUCCUUAGUUUUUCAAAACCAAUUAGUUAAAUGUCAGAACUUUGCUUGAUAGGCACACUAUUAGAAAUGCCAUUACAUUUAGGGCUUUCAUUGGAGAUUACCAAUCAGAUUUCCAUUCUGUGUUGAACCACCUUUUAUAAAGAUGGCUGCUCCUGUUAUGAAGCUGCCUAAAAAAUGCUUGACCAACUGACUCCGUUCACAUCUUAUGAUAAAUUAUUUUUUUGUUUAACCAUUGUUUACAAAGCACAGUGGGUUGUUCUUGCUAAAACUUCAAAUCCCAAACCACUUUAUUGUUUAGUGCAGUGUGUAAACCCAGCUAAGAAGUUACCAUGCUGCACUGGAGCAAGGGCUGAUCCUAAGAUAUCCAAGAUCAAAUGUCCUCUUUAGCCUUCUCUUUCUAAGUUCUACUGGGAAGUGGUUAAUCAUGAUUAUCCUGUCUUGAGUACAAAUGUUGCAAAUUAUACUGCAGAUGUGCAACAUCCUUGUGAGGUACUUGUUUAUCUUAUAACUAUAAUCCAGGUCAGCCUUUCCCACUGGUACCCUUCAGAAAUGUUAAGCCUACAACUUUUAUCAUGCUGGCUGGAAACUCGGGACUUGUCAACCCAACCAUAUCUGGAGUAUAACAAGUCAGGGAUCUAUAGAUGGCAGUAUAAUCUAAUAUACUGAUGCAAGGGUGGGUAAUGUAGCAUUAAAUCUAAUAAACAGUCAUACAAAUUUUAGCAGGAGUCCUGAGAGUUGUUAUUCAAAGACAGCCACUGCUGCUCUGGUGACUUCAGGUAGAAUCACAAAAGUGGACUAUCUCAUUAGGUAAACACAGCAUCUUACAAGGCUCAAAAUUAAGUUCUUGCCACGUAUCGUUUGUUUCCUUACUGUUUAGUACAAUGUGUAAACCCAGCUAAGAAGUUAGCAUGCUGCACUGGAGCUGCUGCUGAUCCUAAGACAUGCUGCUGAUCCUAAGAUAUCCAAGAUCAAAUGUCCUGUUUAAGGGACAGGAGGGAAAGGAGAAAGAAAAUGGAAGCAAAUAGUAAUGCUGCAAAUGCAGUGAGGGCAAUUUCUCAGCUUUCACCCAACAUAGGUCAUGAGAGUUCUUCAACUUUUUGUGGUAUAUGUAAUUUCAACAAUAGAGAACCUAGGGGAUAAUUAUUUUGCUACGUCAUUUUAGAUAAAUAAGAAAUGAAGAGAAAUCAAUCUUAUAACAAUAUUUGAAUGGACUAAAGAUUAAGAUUGUUAGAAGUAAAAGGAAGGAAUGUAAAGUUGGUUUAUUUGAUCAAGGUUAAAACAAGGUACGUUGUUACCUCUAGCAACCUUUUACAGACUUUCUGCUGAUAUCAGGACUGAAAAGAUGAUGCUUUAUGAAUUUGUUUAUAGAUAAGAAUUGGGAUAUGGGAUGAAGAGAUAAAUGUUUAUAACUUUAGAAGGGGUAGAGUCACUAAAUCUGUUUAUACUCGUGAUGAAGGUUGGAAAUCACUUCUCUUA